CUGUAUUUUGGUGCGCCUCUCGCACGUAACGUAAAGCAGCUGCAAUUUGUAUUUCGAUUAUUUUGCUCAAACAGGGCAUAGGAUUGUGAAAAGAAAAUAGUUGCAAACGGUUCUGACCGCACCAUCGGCAGUGUCGAAAGUGGACGGUAGCGAGUGUGAAGUUGGCGCAGUGAAACAUUCCGGAACACUGAACGGUCUGAGAAUUUCGCCAUCACUGCGUUUACCAGCAGUAUCAUCCCGAAAGCAAGAAGGUGGAAUGCGAUGCUUGAAGUGCAAAUCGCUGAUGCUGCUUCGCGUUCGUAAAGGAAGAAGAGCAGCGAAAGAGAUGAAAACAAACUAUUUUUUGGUGAACGAAAAGAAAAUCGAAAAAGAUUGAAGAGCGAGCUCGGCCAUCAUCACCAUAAUCAUCAUCGUCAUCGUCAGGGGUGGCAAUAACAUAAGCAGCAUCUUGCUUGACCGAAAAAAUAAUAACUGCGAGAGCCACGGCUAAGAAAGAAGAAUACUCGAGUACUUUCGGCAGAACAACGAGUGAAUGGCUGAAGGGGAACAACUGAGAAACAUCAUUUCGAUCAUCACGCGCACCACCAGUACAAUAGUUAAUCAUUUCUCUUUCUUCGUUUUUCUCAAGCUGGGACUGUGGGUCACCUUUUUUCGGUUCAUUGGAACUUUCUCGUGCCGAAGGGUUAUUUAUUGUUACUAAUUUUGAGUCGCAAAAAUGCUUUCACGCAAGAGCAAGGAUAAAUCCAUCAAAGAUGGGGUAGUCGGGAAAUACGUCAAACGAGACACGCCACCGGAAAUACCAAUAAUCAACGCUUUAACAAGUGAGUCGCAUGGCAAGCUUAAGCUAAAUAAAAGACGGAGCUCCCAGCAAACCAGUAAUGUAGGUCAGAAUAACAACAUUUAUAUGCCGGGCCCGUUGAUGCCGAACAAUAACAUUAACAAUGUGCAAAAGUUUGGCAACAUGAAGGUGACGGCUUCCAUGGGAGGUUUAGGUCACGAGGGGAAAUAUACGCCCAGCAGUAAGAUUCCAAAUCUGGUGCAGAAAUUUGUCAAUUUAUCACUGCCGAGUGAUCAACCGAAUAUCUUGAAUCCAACUAGCAGUGUGAUGAUGAUGGCUAACAAUAAGAAUCAACUACCACAGCAGCAACAGUCGUUUAUGAUGCCGACAAAACCGUCUAAUUUGAACCUGGCAGCUGCUACAACCAACCCAACAAACCUAAACGUAAUUGAACGCCACAACAACAACAGCCACGGCAAUUACGUUGACAUUGAAACUAUCGAUCAGAUUCUGAUGCAGCAAAAUGAAGUGGACAAAGCGGCACAUCAAUACCGUAUCCAACUGCAGCUUCAACAAGCUCAACAACAGCAGCACUUGCACCAACAGUAUGUCUCGAAUUUCGAGCGUAAGUGUUCCUACAAUCAGUUACAUCACAAUGCCAACAGCAACAACUAUCGCAAUGGGUUCGAAAACUACGGAAAUCUGCUGAGAAACAAUAGCCCAACGGCAGCGAACAGUAGUGUCAAUCUGUCCAGCGAUCAGCAGCAACCACUUUUUGCCCGGCAGUACUCGGCACGACAGCAGUUACCUGCUCCGAAAGAUCACUAUCAUAUCUAUGAGAACCCAACGCAAAUCAACAGAUCGGAAUCUCCGAUAUAUAGCAAUACAAACUCGGCUACUGCCAUCUACCAGGGUUACAGCAGCAAUUCAUCACACCAGUCGCUAUUCGCGAACCAAAAUAACACCUCGAGUAACGUGGCGGCUGUUUCGUCCUCCAUUAGCUAUCUGGCAGCACGCAGUCAACAGCCGCAACCUCAGCAACCUCUGUACUCCAACGUUGAAAACAACGGUAUGACAUACGGAGAAGCUCUACUACACAACGCCCGUCAUGGUUCCUCGACUGCUGCCAUACAACGGCAGCAACACCAGCAGGCCACCUCGGAAAGCAGCAACUCGGCUGUUGAAGAGGAAUUGCCACUGCCACCCGGCUGGUCCGUGGAUUACACUCUUCGUGGUCGCAAGUACUACAUUGAUCAUAACACCAAAACUACUCACUGGUCCCAUCCACUGGAACGGGAAGGACUGCCAACUGGUUGGGAACGGCACGAGUCGGCCCAGCACGGUACCUUCUACUACAACUGCAUCACCGGUCAGGCCCAGGACAGUCACCCGUACUUGACGUCUUGUUAUUUGCAUCAUGCUACUCCGGUAGAAAUUCCUCGUCCGUUGAUAACGUCGCACACUCAUUUCACGCCGCACAGUGCACUGGUACCGGCGAAUCCUUACCUUCUGGAAGCGGUUCCCGAAUGGCUCGAGUUUUAUGCUAAAUCUACACCGGAAAAUGAUCAUAAACUCAAAUGGGACAUGUUUCAGCUGCAGCAGCUAGAGGGUAUCGCUGGAAUGCUUACCAAACUGUUUCGGCAGGAGUGCCAUCUGAUUGUGGUGAAGUACGAGACGUUGAGGAUAGCGAUCCGAUCGAUGAUGGAGGAGAAAAAACGACUGGCUUAUCUGAGCAGUACCGACUCAAAUGCUUAGUAGAACUGUGCACCGAUUGAUACAACAACCGUUGAUUGUAUUUAAGAAAGCUAUUAUAACCUACAUGACAAUCAAGAGAUUAUCUAUUGUGCCUACACGUGGAACCACGUUUUGAUUGCCUAAAAAUUGUAAAGCUUGUAGUUUUUUAAACAACAUUAUCAGCACGAUUUUAAUUAUGUAUAUCCAUCGCAGUUGAAAAAAGAAGACUCGAGCGAGGGUUGGUAGCAGUAAUUUUUUUAAAACAUGCGUUCAGUAACGGUUUUAUGUUUCGAAAAAUUGUGAUAUCCAAUAGUUCCUUGGUAACUAGGAAAGUAUACUAUUAACAUACAGUACGCCUUCAUCAAAACUGGUCAAAAGUAGCAAAAUGAAGAACUAACGUUGCACUUUCUGCAAAAUGACUGCUAAUUAGAGCAUAGGCUUUCCGAGUUUUACAGCAAGACAACGGAAUAUUUUAAUGUAUGUUUUAUUAUAAUAUCGGAAAUAUAUAAAAACUAUAUCUACAAUAAACCUAAUAA